AUGUCUAGCCAUUCGACAGUGCGCGAGCUUCCCCAAGGGAAGCGCAAUGGCUUGGAGCGAAAAUGCGUCGUGACGGUAAACGAGUCGCUCGUCAGCGAGGAUGUUAUGCUCAACCUCGACCUCUUCGACCAUGAAAUCAAGCCUGGCACCCUGAUGGCCAUCAAUACCCUGUCUGAGAAGCCUUCCUACGGAAGCCUUCGACGACAGUCAUCACAGGAAAAGUGGCCGAAUCAAUCAAGCCAGGAGCCGUCCAACAGCGAUGGUGUUGCAGCGAGCCGAUACUUGUUCAUUGCCCAGGAUAUGCCAAAGGAUCUCAAGACGAGAUAUCCAAAGAUUGAGCUCUAUGUUGCGAAACGUAUAGCCGAUGCUUUUGGUAUGAAAAAUGGCGCAAGCGUUGUUCUGACUCCGGUUGAUGGCAGCAACCCUGCCAUCGAGGCAUCGCAUGUCGAGCUUUCCUUCAAGGACCAGUACCUCUCGAGGUCGGAUAUGUGGAGGCUGACAAGGACAGAGUUGGCAGAGAGGACCGUGUACAAGGGCCAAUCCAUUUUGUUUCUUGGUACGAUCAAAGCCAAGAUCACAGCCGUCUUUGUGGAAGGCCGCAAAGUUCAGUCUGCGUAUUUUGGGUCAAACACGAAACCAGUCUUCCGAAGCGAAUCUGCACGGUAUGUACUGUUCAUCCAGAUGUCAAGGGAGAUGUGGGACUUCGACUCGGACGGCUCCGGCGAAAUCAUGUUCAACAAGGUGGUGAACGGAUUUCUGCCAGCCCUCUUCAAGAAGUGGGAGGUACUGAAGGUCAAACAUCUCGUGAGUAUUGCCAUGUUUGCUCGUGUGGAAUACGAUACGGGAUUAAGCACGGACCUUGCGGAGAGCAACACCCUCGAUGACUACUACACCGGCGUUCAGAGCUCCGGAAACAAGCGGCCCUACAAGGAUUUCUACCGUAUUGUGGUCAGUGAAAUGGCCAGUGGCGAGUGGACCAAAAUAUUAUACCAGCUCAAGCGAGAGUUUAACUACUUUCGCCGUGACAUCAAUCUCUACCACCAAACAGCGAUGCAGCCGGACGGGGCACUCUCCAUGGAUCAGUCUGAAGGAAAGAAAUCAGCGAUACACCAGAUCAAAGCCGAACCGUCUUUGGCUAUGUACGGCAAUCUCUUGGAGGCUAUCAAUAUGGCGUCUUCCUUAUUCGCCCACGACUACAUCGACAGGGACUUGAUGCGGACCGGUAUUUCGGUCGCCGUGAUUACUGCAGGGCCUGGUGUUUUCGAAGUGGAGUACGAUGCCCUACUGCGAACCACAGAGGCAUUGGUUGGCAAUGGACUGGGGAUAGAUCUCAUCUGCGUUCCAAAGAUGCCGCUUCAUUCGGUGCCCCUCUUCCGCUACCGCAAUCCUCAAUACCGCGAUGGUCGUGCGACAACACGACCAAAGCUCUAUCUCAGCUAUGACAGCACUCCCAAACAGCAGACUCCGAUUGUAGGGAGCUACAACAGUGCUGUGGGCUCGUUCUCUCCCAGUAAAGGUACUGAUAUCACUCUUAGAGGAGAUUCCUUCUCUAGUCACCCUGCGAAUGAGUGGUCUUAUGCACUCCCGCAAUGGCUUCAUGUCUCUUUCUGGGAUGGGACCUCGGACGACACUCUCUUCUACCAGGGCAUCGCGCUUUCUGUCCUCGAGAACACCGAUCAGAAGUCUCGCGAACAUUUCACCAUUCGCUGUCGGAUGUAUGACCUGCAAAUGAGAAGUGUGCUCGAGACGAACGAGAUCGAGACAGCUCCUCUGCACACUGAUCCGUACUUCCCAUCUAAGGCCAUUCAGCCACUCACCACCCCCAGGCCACGCCACACGGACUUCGAAGACAUGCUUGUCAUCCACAACAGAAAGAUCCCAGACACGCUCUACGACCAUGUUUACGGCCACAGAUUUGUCCCCGACAGAUAUGCGAACCCACAGGAGAAGAUGCUAUGGAAGCAGCUCCGAGAGUUUGACGAAGGCAGAGCACGUUUACCAAAGACCAGACGCUCCCGACUUCACUUGUCUGGCCGGGAGCUUGAAGAGGGAACUCGAAAGCAACUGAUGGAAGACAGCACAUUGUUCGGUACAUCAAUCGGCGACCGCCGCCCAUCAGUUACAGCACACUUGUCGUCAAGUUUUACACAGAGAUCUGGCGCUGAGAGACGAGAAUCCAUGGUUAGCGUACGCAAGGGCACUGAUUUGUUAAGCACCAAAGCAACUGUGUCACCAGUCAAAGCACCCAAGUUCAUGCGCCAGAUCAGUCUAGGCCAGCGAGGCUUUGGCAUUGCUGCGCCAAAGGCUGCUGUAGCAGAGGUCAAGGCGGAGACGGUAGCCGCGUCGAGGUCUGUGGCUCCUACGCCCCUGGCAGGACAUUCGUCCAGAAUGACGCCGACUAAGGGCCAAAUGCGGCCAUCAUCUUCUGAGACUGCAGUGAGCGGGACCAGCACGCCUUCGUCGGGUAGGGUUGGAUCUCAUGGCUACCCUUCCGCAAUAAACUCUCUUCGGGAGGGUACCCCCAGCCGACCGAUCGUCAUCAAAAGCGCUCAAGAAACGCUAGACGGCGUUGGUGCGAUGGCUUCCGGUUCUGUCAUGGCGACCACCAUGACGUCUAAAACCCUCACGUCGCACGAUCGAGACCUGCGAUUCUCAAAUGCUCUACGAGCCGAAGAGGCACAGAAGGCUGCUUCCAAGCUCUACAACUCCAAACUCCUUGCGGAUGCGAUCCCUGAGCUGCCCUCAACACUAUCGCCGACUGCAGCCUUGUCACCUUGGUUGACCAUCCUCAAUCCUUCGAACCCUGCUGCAAGUAAGAUCGACGACACAGCACUUUACAGCCGUUGGCAACACGUCUUUCCCCGACCGUCAGAAAUGAAAGCUAUGAAGUGGCGUGCUCUCUGCGCUCCUGCUGCCGUACCACUUACAACAGAAUACUUCCCCACCAAAACACAAUUCGAAUCCGAGUACCAACAGCAGCCCUACAAUAUCUCCCAGGAGCUAGAAGACGAGAUGAGCGAAGAGCCGAGGAGCAGAGAAGAGUUGCUCCGUGAACUAGUGAGCUUGCGGUUCUCGCAAGGAUUCCAGGUUAUUGUAGGUCAAGCCAUCGCAAAUGCCUUUGGCCAAAAGCAACUCAAGAUUGCCGAUGUAUUCUCGCGACAGCAUGCGGCAGAGGAUGGCACCAGCGUUUUCAUGACUGUCGGCAACAUCAUUCACCAGUUGUCAUGUGUCAAUGGAAGCGAGGUUGAGGUCAACAUAUAUAUUCGCAAAUCGACCGACUCGGCAUUUAGCGGCGACGGAAGGAUGCCUGUGUACAAGCCGGCAAUCCGCACAAUCCUGGAUCGGAGCUAUGAGACCGCACACAUUGACAUUAUCACCCCUCGCGUUGAGCGAAACUGGAAUUACAUCGAUUCAUAUCUUGCCGGCCAUCACGAUGAGAUGACAGAAAACCUCCGCUUCUGGAGAGCCAGAUUUGUCUUCAUUCCCAUUCCUUGUAAGGGGCCGGCGGCUUCUGAUCAGGAUCAAGAAGAAUGUCGGCUCGAGGGUAUUCGCAGGCUUGGCCAAUUAUGGCAGAAGCACCGAUACAUCCCGCCAUCCGAGCGCCGGUUUCAGAGCGUGGGGCGUGGUCAAACAAGAGAUCCCAACCCGCUGGAUAUCGUCUACAAAACGGACGAUCCCUCAGUCGUCAUUGCCGCGGAGCUCGAAACACUGCCUUUGUUAGAAGGUCUGGAAGCAGGCAGCAGAAAGGGCCAUCUAGUCACCAAUGCUGAUCAGUUUCGUAAAACCAAUGUCAACAUCACUGCCCUAGCUGAAGCUAUGCAACAGCCUGUGGAGACAGGGGGCGUACGCAUGCAGAACCGCAGGUGGCAUCUCACCCUUUAUCACAACUGUUUCAUUGGCUCCGAUAUGACCAGCUGGCUGCUUGACAACUUCGAGGACUUGGAUACGAGAGAGGAUGCGGUGGACUUUGGAAACAUGCUCAUGGCUACUGAAGAGGACAGGGCGAAAGAGAGAGACAAGGAAAACAAAGAUGGUGUCAGCAAAGAGGUGAGACGGGAGCCAGGCCUUUUUGUCCACGUUUCGAAACGGCAUCCCUUCAAAGACGGCAACUACUUCUACCGUAUCGCCGCAGACUAUGCCAAACCAUCGCAAGGAUGGUUCAAUCAAAGACGAAAGGAGCAGUCGACCCCUGCCACCCCGCUGACCGAAACGGCACCACGGGAUUCUCCACGUCCAGGGGGGCCACGAUCGACCUCGAUUCAGGAGAAUUACUCCCCGAUCUCUGGCACAUCGACGCCCACAACGCUGAUCCCACCAGGCAAGAAACCAAGAGUUGUUCUCAGCAAGGUUAUCAAGUAUGAUGUUGAUCAUCGGAAACGUUCAUACCGACCCGAAAGGAUCGAUCUUCACUAUGACCGACUCCACAACCCGGACAAUUGUUACCACGUCAGGAUCGACUGGAUUAAUGUUACGGCGAAACUGAUCGAGGACGUCAUCGAGUUAUGGGCAAGAGAAACACUCCCAUACGGGCUGCGUCUGGUUGAGGUCCCGCUUGGUGAGGCGUGCUCAAUCUCUGAGACGAAUCCCUUCCGGAGGCCCUAUAUCAUUCCAUUGGCCGAACGGCCGCCUAAACAGCAGCCCGUAAACUACUACGAAGCAAACUCGCUUGCGCCGCAAGCCCAGCCUGGGAAGUUCUUCUAUCAGAGAGCACUGCUACGUCGUUUCGACUUCGUUCUUGACGUGGAGGCAGCAUCAAAUUUCCCGAGCAAUGUUGAUGUCAGCUAUUCCUGGGGCAAGCCGGAAUUCAAGUAUACGCAAUUCAUCCACCGCUCCGGCGUGCUCCUCGCCGAGAUUACAGAUGAGGGCGACAUCCUGAUUCUCGCCAAUAGAGUCUACAGUGCCAGGGCCGUGGCUGCGCGCGAAAAAGAGCAACGCUUCGAGCAACAAGGUUCAGCGGACCGGGGACUUGGUCUACCGGGGCGCGGCGUAUCGGGCGGUGGGUACACUCCCUUCCCGGGACCCGCACCCGAAGCGACGCCGUUUUCGUCGCCCAUCGUGAAACCCACCUUCUUCAACUCGCCCAUGGUGCGACCGGCCAACACGGAGGCGCAGGCGCCCAACAUCACGGUCAAAGGGGGCCCGCUACAGUCAGGGACGGCGCCCGAACCCGAAUCGGUGCUGGAGCAGCUCGAGGCCUUCUGCCAGGACGCGAAUGCGCUCAAGGCCUUCUACAAGGAAGCCUUUGACCAGGGCAACGAAACGGUGGCCGCGACACCGCGUGUAUCGGCAGCGCCAUCGACGACGCUGAGCCCAAUACCAGACGCGCAUAUCCCCGCGCUCGGUCUGGGAGCCAGCGUGCUCGGGGGGCUCGACACCGGCAUACCGCCGGCGAUGAGCCCCGGGCCGCGCCUGGGCAGUCCGGCCGUGAGCCUGACACCAUCGCAGCGAUUUUUCAGAAGGGGGAGCGUGCAGGAGGGGAUACCCGGUCAGAGCUUCAGGGACCGUUCGUAG